UUUAAAGGGGAUAGGAUGUCAAGAGGGACAACAACAUUGAACUUCAAAAUAUUCGAAGGAAAAGAUAGUUUAUUCAAGAUUUAUUUACCGAGGAUAAAAUGGUUUCCGUUGGUUUGAGAACCGCAUUCAAUGAACAUUUAUUUGGAGAACCAGAACAAGAUGCAAACACAGCUUUAACAGAGCUAGACAAAGGGUUACGCUCUGUGAGAAUUGGUGAACAAUGUGAGGCCAUUGUUCGUUUCCCUAGACUCUUUGAAAAGUACCCAUUUCCGAUUCUGAUAAAUUCAGCCUUACUGAAGCUGGCAGAAGUUUUCAGGACAGGAACAAAUUUCCCCAGACUGUGUGUUCUCAGAGUCUGUCAGCAAAGUGAAAAGCAUCUAGACAAGAUCCUCAAUGUGGAUGAAUUUGUCAAAAGAAUAUUCACAGUUAUUCAUUCAAAUGAUCCAAUUGCAAGAUCUCUGGCACUGAGAACUUUGGGGAGUAUGGCAAUUAUUAUUUCUGAUCGGAAAUCAGUGCAUCACAGCAUUCGCGACAGUUUGGACUCGCACGAUGCUGUCGAGUUAGAGGCAGCCAUUUACGCCGCAUCCAAGUUUGCCGCACAGUCUCGAACCUUUUCCGUCAACAUGUGCAGUAAAAUUGCCGAGAUGAUUCAGGGACUGGCCACACCUGUAAAUAUCAAGCUCAAGCUCAUCCCCAUCUUGCAGUACAUGCACCAUGAUGCUCACACGGCCGCCAUGGUUCGUCGUUUGUGCGCACAGCUCUUGCCCAGCUAUCCGGCCCAAAAUUUCGUCUGUGUGACCCUACACACACUGACGCUGCUGGCUAGUGAAACUCUGGUCGAAAUCCCUCAACAGCUACUCCUGCUUCUUGAAUAUUUGUGCGAUUCCAGGAGAGGUGUCCAGGCUCAAGUUUUGUCUGACUUGAAAAUUUUGGCUGUCAAAGGUGCUCAUCUGUGGACUACGUCCAACGUGGAUGGCCUCAUUGACCUACUGCUAGAUCAGCCUCACCUAGAAUUGCAGAGAAGAACGCUGGAUGUUCUAGUCACACUAGCAAUGGCUGAAGCUGCCAACUGUUUUAUCCUCAAAGCUGAUACAAAGUUGCACUUGAUUUGGAAUCAGUGCUGCUACAGUUGCGACCGGUCUGUUGCAGCGAAAGCAGUUCAGCUACUUGUCCAACUAGUAGUUAUAUCUAGCAAACAAGAUUCGUUGUCGUCUUCAGUGCCCGAUUUAAGCCAAGACGCUGCCCUUGCUGUCGAAUCGCUUAUAUUAGGACUCUGCUUGGCGGGAAAGACCGAAGAGAGGGAACUGAAGAUUGCGUUGACAUCAGCCGUCCAGCUGAGUCGCGUUGCCGGACCAGAAAUCAGCGCCACCAUCAUUGAUUGCCUCACUCGCCUUUCGCUUCAAUCUUCCGGUUCCACGUUAGUCCUGCUGUGCCAGGCCCUGGCUGCCAUCGGAGACACCCAACCGUCCGCCAUUGUACCAGCAUUGGUCGACAUCAUGUCAAUGCUCAAGAAACUCACCGUUCAAAGCGAUCAAGAGUUAUUGGCAAUUCCUUUGCUGUGCGUUCUCAUGUUCCAGACGCACGCCUCUCAUUGUUGGUCUCAACAGGCCAGCGAAGUCGUCCACGAAGCCAUCUUCAGGGUUGACUUGUGGGUGGCUUUCCGUAUCGCCCGCUCUGCCACAAGAUACGGCCACCAUUCGAUUGCCCACAAGAUUCUGGAUCGCUUGUUGGGCCACAUUUCGACGGAGCAUCUCUACUUUUGGAUUCAGGGAUUGCGCGAUUUCACCCUGGCCGAAUCUCACCUGAGCACGGGACCCCCCGAUGGUGCAGCCGUUUCUCUCAUGGAAAGAUUAGUGUUGGCCUCGAAGCUUUAUCUUCAAGGAUUGUCUUCACUGAAGGCAGCCACUAGUCCGACCCGCGUUCUUCAGUUUCAAGCCGAAUUCGGCCGGUUGCGAGUCGAAUUCCUGUCGGCGUGCUCUCAACUGGUCCAGGCUUGUCGAACGCUUCAGACAGCCCCGCCACCGGCCAUCGCUCACGCCGUAGCGGCUGCCACUCGAGACGAACUGCAGCGCUGCGGUCGAAUUACUCACCAGCUGAGGAAGUCGGUGGUGGUGCUCCGUCAGGUGGCCGAAGCCCUGUCCAAGCUGGGACAGAGCGCCUUCGACGCCGACCAGGAGAGCCUCACGAAUUUGCAGCUGCAGAAGCAAAUGGCCUUGAUCUUGGCCCAGACGGUCGAGUCCACCUGCCUCCGGGCGUCUCAGCAAGGCGUGAUGACGGUCGAAGACGAUUUGCCCAUGAUCAACAAGACGGUUCAAGCGGAUCACGUCGCUGUGAGGAGUAUGGCCACUCGAUGCGCUGAUGCCGUCGAUCUCGUAAGACGUUUCCGCGAUGGCAACCCUGAUUUGAAACUUAUUAAUCACUUGAAUGUUGGAUGCAUCUUGGAUUGCUUGAAGUUACUCAUAGAAACACCUCUUUGUUUCCCGCGGUUCAUGUUCCAGACUCUGCAGACCACUUCCAUCAAGUUGGCGGUGAGCCCUCAGCCGAGAGUGGCCGGAGAGGCGAUAACGACAACCAUUGGCUCGCAGUUGGCCGUUAAGGUGGAAGGUAUUGUCCAGGUUACUUCCAGCCCGCGAUAUUUUGGACGGAGAGUACGUGCCGUUCAAGUGACAAUUCAAUCGAAUCCUGCUAACCCGACAGUCGGUUCGGAUGGCAAGCCGAUCGAGUCGAGUACGAGUAUGAACAAAACAGUUGAGCCGCACAAUGAUUACUUUUCGGCUCAAUUUUUACUAACAUUUGCCGCUGCUGGACUGCAUCAGGUGUUUGUUGAGACAGCCCUGCUGGACACGUUCGAUGCACUGUGGAACGCUGGACCUAAAGCGCAAUUAUCUGUCAAGACCUUUGAAGAAUCGGGUUCAUCAAAAACAACAUCCAGUAGCUCAUCUGCAGCAUCCCGUGCCACAGCCACCGCAACUUCAUCAAGGAGUUAAUUUGACCCACAUACUUGCGUCUUACUUAUGUUAAUUAAAUAUUUUCCUGCUAAAUAAAUUGACACAAUGUAAUACCA